GCUGGAACAACAAAUCCGAUCCAUGGAGGCCCCACCUCACAACUUGCAGGACUUAACGGAUCUGUUACUAAUGUAUUGGUGCCAGAUACCACAGGAUGCGUUCAGAGUCCAUGCCUCCAUCCAUCAGAGCUGUUUUGGCAGCACGAGGGGUAUCUACACGAUGGCUGGUAGUUCUAACGUUGUGUCUAAUUAGUGUAUAAGUAUAAUAUAUUUUUAAACUCCUUGCAUAUUUGUGGUGUUCUUUUCAUCAUUUCUAAAAAUAACAGUGGAUGUUGUUUUGUAUUUACUAAAUCAGAAACAAGCGAAAUAAUGUUAGAAUUGCAGUAAAGAUUUGCCAUUUUAAAAAUGUUAUAAUUUGCAAGAUUUUGAAAAGAAUACAAUGAAUCGGACACUGUUUAUAAUGUUUAACUUUGUCAAGGUUUUGGUAUCACUCUUGUGUGUCAAAUCAACUGUGUGACGGUAGUCACAGUCACUGGGGAUGGAAGACAGACACUAUGUGUGGGCCCCCAGAUUCCUUUUGUAUUUUGGUCGCCCUGUGCCCAUUAUUGGUGCGGGGUAUGUUUAAUGUAUUGCUUGUCUGCUCCUCUCCCCCUCCCCUUCUUCCUGUCCUAUUGUUUCCCAAGCAGGGAGAGGAAGCAGACUUGGCCAAGGUGCUCGGUCGGAGUACUGGAGCUCCGUCACAAACUGCUUUAUUGUUUGAGCACCCAAUGGAUAGCCCUGUGGCAUUCUGACACUUUAUAAAUAAUAAUAAUCAGCUGACCUAGUGGGAAAGAUUCCCCAAACUUUGCAUUUCUCUGCUCAGUUCCUAAAAAUAUCUGCUUUAUGCUACACAUUUCUCGACAGUAAAUAGCUGCUGUAAUCUUUCUUUUUUUAAAACCAGCCAGUAGUCUCUAGAGACCAUUAAUUACCCAAACCAACCUUGUCAUUAACUUUAACCUUCUGCCCGCCAAUAACGCCUGCUCACAACGUUUUAGUGAAAUUCCAACACAGUCAACAUGAGUAUUUUAUAAUAUCUUUAUGUAAUACUCAUUUUUGGGGGCAGAGGAGGGUGAUCACAAUGCUGCUUUAACCCCUUUAAGGACACAUGACAUGUGUGACAUGUCAUGAUUCCCUUUUAUUCCAGAAGUUUGGCCCUUAAGGGGUUAAAUUGCUGUUUUUUGUACUUUUUAUCAUUUCAAGAGACUCAGAAACUUUGCAAGAAUAUCUGCUUUUUGGAAAGUUUUUUGCAACAAAACUUAUCUGGAAUGGGAACGCGGGAGCUUGACAGGCGUGUUUGGUUGCAUUGUGUAAUAAGUUAGCCAUGUGUGAUGAGAUAAAGUAACACAGACGGGAUGGGGGAUUUUUCAAGGGCUGCAAACUCGCUCUAAGCCAAAAAUAGAAAUGAAAAGGUUAAAGGGGCACUGCCAUGUUUGUUUUUUUCUUUCACUUUUCCUUUCCUUAUGCCCCCUGCAUCCUAAAGGACCACUAUAGGCACCCAGACCACUUCAACUUAAUGAAGUGGUCUGGGUGCCAGGUCUCUCAGGUUUUAACCCUGCAGCUGUAAACAUAGCAGUUUCAGAGAAACUGCUAUGUUUACAUUAGGGUUAAUCCAGCCUCCAGUGGCUGUCUCUUUGACAGCCGCUAGAGGUGCUUCCGCAGUUCUCACUGUGAUUUUCACAGUGAGAGGACGCCAACAUCCAUAGGAAAGCAUUUAGAAAUGCUUUCCUAUGGACUGACUGAAUGUGCGCGCGGCUCGUAAGAAGGAGGAGAGUCCCUAGCGCCGAGGGAGCCCGGCGCUGGAGAAAGGUAAGAAUUUAACCCCUUCCUCCCAUUUCAGCCCAGCGGGAGUGGGACCCUGAGGGUGGGGUGGACCCAAAGACCCUAUAGAGCCAGGAAAACAAGUUUUUUUUCCUGGCACUAUAGUGGUCCUUUAACGACUAAACUCUCACUCUUGCUGCUUGCCAUUAUUUAUAUUUAUAGUGAUUUCUUACUUACACCAUAUCUUAAUUACCUGGGUGCUGCCAUUUUGUUCUCUGUCUGUUAUGUCUACAGUUAGCCCUUUUAUGGGAUUCUUUUGACUGAUGGAUUGUGGGUGAAUUAGCUUAGCAAGUUAAAUGGAGAUCACACUCCCAUUAGAAAAAUUAGCCCCUACUUUGUCUUUUAUGUAUAAUUUUAAAAAACUAAGGUGAAUUUUACAAGAAUAAAAGCAAGGAAAAAAAGAGGGACACAAAGGUUUACUUUAAAAACAAAACCUACAAAGUGACACAGUUGCUUUAAGGGUGUGCAACAUUUUUUAUAUUGUUUUGCAUUAUGGUCGCAGUUCUCUUUUUGUGUAUAAAGAUUGCUUCAUUCUCUUCUUAUCAGAAGUUCCGUUGCGGAAUCUCGUUCUGCUGAUAAUGGUUGCUGCAACGAUCGAUAAAUGCUUUCAUUGAUCCUGUUGGCCUUAAUCUGAUAUGCUAACACUGGUACAAUAAAGGCUCACUUUGAGCUCACGCACUGCACCAUGUGAUUGGUGUGGAUACAAUAUAUUAAACUAAGAUUUUGGGCAACGCCAGAGGCAUUCAUAUCUAUGGAAUGCUAUGAUUCAUUUUAGCUACGUAAGUUAGUCAUUUAAAUUAACACAUUUCGUUUUUUUACAUCAUUUGUCUGACCUUUUCUUUAAUUGUAUUGCUCCUUGAUAUGGUUCUUAUUUUGCAGUACACUGAUUGGCCCAUUUUUGCACCCUUUUUGUUUGUCUGAUUUAUUUUCCGAAUGAUUUUUUUUCUCGCUGUGUCCAUCCUAAUACAGAUCAGUUUUGGUAGUGCCAGCUCUCUCCCUGUCUCCUCCUUCCUCCAUACAUAGCACUGGCCUUCAAGCACAUCACAGAGAAAGUGAGAAUUCAUCCUGUGUGUCCCUCACCCUCUCUUACGCACUGUACUGCAGGAUAUAGAAUUUAUAGCUCGGACGCCCUUAGACAGCAAUAUAUAUAGACACAGAUUCAACACAAACAGCCUGGCUGUCCCAGCACUGUAGCAGCUGAACGUAUAUUGUAUCAAUCUGUCAGCUGAAAUAGAGGACAGAGACUGAUUUACCCUUGGUAUAUCUUCAUGUUUAUCAGACCCUUCCCAGAUUGUGACAGAAUAACAGAGAUGCCUUGAAAAUUUAUAUCAUUUAUGGCUUGCUUAUCCCAUGUCAGAUACCAGUCUACCAGAAAUCGCUGUAAAGAUACACACUCAGCUGUUCGUGACCCCUGGCUGAUGAUCAUUAGAAUGGAGACAUUUCAAGGAAUCGAGGUUCCUGGGUUAGACUGUUACUGAAACAGCAACUGGCAUGGGCUGUGUUUCCCAUAAUCAGCAAGCCAGCCUGAAUCAUGACAAUGCUAGCUGAUGGGCCGAAUGGUUCUUAUCUGCCGUCACAUUCUAUGUUUCUAUGUUUCUGAUGGCAGGUGAAAUGCUGGAAGCUGUCUGAAUAUCAGCUGCUUAAGCAUUUUGAGAGUUGUAGUCUGCAGGUGGUGGAAAACAUGCCAUAAGCAAGGGAGGGCUGGCUACGUGCGCCCCGGGGGAUAGGAACAAAGGUUCCAAUUUAAGGCAAACCAGCACAUUGUCCCAUUAUACUUCACUUCCUUUCUAAAUUUCAAAUACAAAUUUACAACUGGAGCACAGUCCUUAUAAAGGGAUAUAUAUAGUCACAUAAUACAGUUAGCAUUGUGCUGUAGCAGCUUGCCCCCCUUACCAGCUGUGCCCCGGGCGUGGAUGAAUGCUGAGUUGCCUUGCUGUAAGUACAGAGCUGCUCUAUCGAUGCAGUAACAGACCCUCCUCAAUAAAUGGACGGGAAUGACUAGAGAGUGUGGUACUAAUGGACACACAUUUUUUGAGUCCCAGGAUUGCAUCUCAUAUAAUUAUCCACACUUACCUAAUUAAAAUCAAUCUGUCUCUCUCUUGCACAUAAACCUCAUUAGCCACACGCAGACUUAAAGGGACACUUCGAAAACACUAAACAACUUCAUCUGAACGCAGUUGUUAUGGCGUGGAAAAAUUCCCAGGCUGUGCCUUAACUCAAGGGGUUAAGCCAUUAACCAACACUUUAACUCCAAAGUGUUAAAUCCAACGCCAGAUUGCUCUGCCAACAAACGUCUAUAAAUAAACUGCAUCAAUAAAACUCUGCGCAUAUUAUGAGAUCCAAAAGGAGCUAUAAUGGUACCUUAUAGAGACCUCAGCAUCCUUGUAUUAGAUGGUUAAAUGAUGGGGCCCACAGAUGUUUCUACUCCUUUGCUAUGUCACUGAUGCAUGCCGCCUACUAUAUGGAAAAAACGUAAUGAUUCCAUAGGUUUCCUUGGAAAUGACUCUAAAUGUUCUUUUCUGUGUUCCUGUCCCUUUCCGUUCCCCCAACCACACACCGUUCUGACACAAGUACACAGGGUUUUUUUUUACCGGGUAAUAACAGAUAAAGCAACAUUAGGUAUUCUGAGUAAAAAUGUAUCAUAAAAAAAUAAAAUAAAAAAAAUGUUAGGGAUUUAAUUAGGGAUGCCAUGAAUAUCUAUCCGGGGAUGACAGAGAAACUCACUAACAAAUGGCAAUCUAAGAUGGUCGCACCUAGCAGACUUACUAUACUAUACUUGCUUUAUGAGUAUUUAUGUAGCACCAACAUAUUCCACAGCGCAGAUACUGUGCAAGACUCAUACGCAUUACACUAAGAUAUCCGCACAGUAUUUAUAGCACAAGGUAACGUCUAGCAUGCAUGCUACCCUAGGCUUCUGUGAAUACAGGAAAGGCGUUUUACCCACUUUCAUCUCAUGCAAUUGUUUCUUACCAAUCUGACAGUUCAGCAGGAGAGCGAGAAACACUGCGAUUAUAUUGUUCCACUUCAUGUCUGUGUCUGUGUGUGUGUGUCUGCGUCCUUGGGUUCCUCUUUGUUAAACACAAGCCACUCCCAGGUCUCUGUACAGAGGGGGUUGGAGGCAGAGAACAUGCAGGGGAAGCAGAAAUUGUAAAAUCAAUCAGUAUUUCUCCAUCAAUAUUCAUCAUGGAUUCAGUACAUAUAUGAUGGUACAAACCGUAUCAUGCUUAAACUGUGACAGUCAUCUAAAACUGACUUUAAAAAGCUAACGUUGGCCUUUUUUCUAAGCAAGCAGCCAUCAAAUGUAUAGAUCAAAGCAUAGAUUGGUUUCAUUUUAGUUUAGAAUGCAUUGUCUCAUUGUGAUCAUAUUCUGUAUAUUUGUAAACAUCAAAAAAACUGCUCAGGGUGACAUUUCUAGAUAGCUACACAGCUACAUAAUAAUAAUAAUAAUUUAAAAAGGUGGUAUCAAGAAAUGUGAUACAGCGACACACUGUGUAGGGAAAGAGAUUGGUCUUGAAUAGGGUUCCUUGAGCUUUUAAUUCUCUGCUAGCUAACGGUCAACGGACCUACGCUUACAAGCAUUUUCUCUAAUGAGAUAUAUAAUGUUAUUUUAAAAAGAUUUCUAAUUAUUGCACCCAACUCCUCCUUAGGUACUUGGAGCUAUCAUACCAAUAUUGGAUAUUUGACCUGUUGAUCAACAACCAGUGACGUAGAUAUGUUCAAAAAAAUGUUUAAUAAUUGUGUAUCAUUUUAUAAAACUUUUUUUUUUAAUUUUAAUUUUAUUAUUUUAUUUUAUAUCCCCUGUUUUGCUGCAGUUUAUUUUUCACCUCUUAGUUGAUGUGACCUUUUUCCAUCUACUUUAUUGCUACUAUUUAACCUCAUCUGUAGCAAUUAAUAUCUUUGUUAUGAUAUUAAACCGUUUCCAGUUGAAGGUUACAUGGUACAUGGUAAGUUUAUGUAACGGUUACUUCGAUAUAUAUCUUGCAGUUAUAUGUAAUAGUUGAGAUUUUUAUAACAAUAUACAGUAGAUCACUAAAUAGAUAAAGUGCUAAGGAGUGGUAUACACAGUGUGGUAUAAACAGGGGUAUAUAUAAUGGUUUCUACCAGUCAUUACGAUUUAGCGCACCACUGUAUAUUGUUAUAUAGUAUAUUGUUUGUUGUGUGUUUUUUAGGAGAGUUAUACAUCACAGUGUGGUAGCAGCUAUAUUAUUAAUUGGUUCUUAAAUAAGCUUAAUUAAAACUCACUUGCACUUUCCAAAAAAAAGUGCUCUGGCACAUUAUUUAGUGUAUUUUGACAGUUGAGAUUUGCCUUGAAAUCGUGUCUUUUAAAAAACUAUAUUCUAAUUUAAAGAUACAUUGUUUUUGUAGUAUUUCUAGCUAUCUUGAGAGUGUCGUCUGCACUCUAUGCUUAUAUACUUAUUUGAUAAUAUAACACUUAGUCACUCAUUGUGGAGUUCUGCUGUUUUAAUAAUUAGUUGCUUGAAUAUUUAUUUGUACCCACAAAUUUUGUUUGUUAAAGGGACACAAUAGUUAUUAGAACAACUACAGCUUAUUGUAUUUGUUCUGGUGAGUAUAAUCAUUCCAUUCAGGCUUUUUGCUGUAAACACUGUUGUUUUUCAGAGUAAAUGCAGUGUUUACAUUACAGCCUAGGGAUAACUCCACUGGCCACUCCUCAGAUGGCUGCUAGACAUGCUUCCUGGGGCAGUGCUGCACAAUGUGACUGACAUUCAGUUUUUCCCUCUGCAUGGAGACACUGAACUUCCCUCACAGAGAUGCAUUGAUUCAAUUCAUCUCUAUGAGGAGAUGCUGAUUGGCCAGGGCUGUGUUUGACUUGCGUUGGCUCUGUCCCUGAUCUGCCUUAUUGACAGUCUCAGCCAAUCCUAUAGGGAAGCAUUAUGAUUGGCUAAUGCCACCACUUCUGAUGAUGUCAGCCAAGCAGGCAGAUCAGGGACAGAGCCAGCAGCAGACUGGAAUAAAAGUAAGAGUAUACUAUAUUUAGGGGGGUCAGGGGCACUAGAUGGUGUUUUUAACACUAUAGGGUCAGAAAUACUUGUUUGUGUUUCUGACCCUAUAGCAGGGUUAGUCAACAUAUGACCAUACCAUACCAUAAUGCUCUUACAGCCAUAAUGCUGGCUUAGCAUCAAGGGAGUUGUAGUCCACAACAUCUGGGGUGCCGAAGGUUGCCUAUCCCUGCCCUAUAGUGCUCCUUUAAAUUAGGAAUCACAAACACAUAAAUCCUAUUUUACAAAACAACCGCAGCUUAUAAGAAUGUAAGGUGGUAAAGAGUAGAUCACCAUACAUGUUCCCUGGUAGAUCAAUCCAUAAAUGGUAAGAAAUUGUGUGUGAAUUAAAUAUACAUUUUUCUAGAAUUAGCCAUCAUGACUGAUCUGCCCAAAGCAAGGUUUCAGCUAGAUGGGAUGCUGCGUGACAGAGAAUAAAAUUGAGGACAGACAGCUCUUCCCUGACACUUUUGAAUGAGAAAAGAAUGACCUUGACAACAUUGAAAAAAAUGUAUUAAAAUAUCUGUUUUAUCCUGAGUUUACGCUCUCAGUGUGCAACCCUGGCUUCAAAUCAAUGUUACACAAAAAUAACUCUGUAGUGAAUGAGAUAAAUAAAUGUGUAUGUAUUAAUAAAAACAAAAGAGUGAAAUUAGGUAAGGAAAAUGAAAGUAGUGCUCAGUACUUUCAGAUCCGAAACAAUUAGGCAGGCAGGCUCCUAACAAUUUGGCAGCGCAGUCCUGUGCCAUACUUAUUAUGAAAAUAGAACAAAUGAAUCCAUUUGUUGCAAAAAGAAACCUACUUCAUUUUUUCAUUUACUUUCUUACAUAUGUGUAGAAUUAACUCACUCGGGGUUAGUCACAGAAUACUGAAUUUUGUCUAGAUGGAUAAACAUUAGGUAAAAACGGCUGAAUUCAGAAAUGGCCUAAAAUUAGAAAUUUGCUCUGAAUUCAUUUUGCAUUUUCACUUUUUGCAAUAACCCUUUUGACUUAAUGGGGACUUCUAUAUUGGUAGCAUUUAAAGAACUGGAACAAGACUGAAAGUACUGACAUUCAUCUGGAGAAGACUUAAAGGGACACUAUAGUCACCAGAACAACAAUUUAUUGCAUUUGUUCUGGUAAGUAGAAUCAUUACCUUCAGGCUUUUUGCAGUAAACAUGGUCUAUUUAGAGACAAUGCAGUGUUUACAUUACAGCCUAGUGAUAACUCCACUGGCCACUCCUCAGAUGGUUACUAGAGGUGCUUCUUGGGGCAGCGCUGCACAGUAAGCAGCACUACCAUUCAGUGUCUCCACCCUCUGCAUGCAGAUACUGAAGUUUCCUCAUAGAGAUGCAUUGAUUCAAUUCAUCUCUUUGAGGAGAUACUGAUUGGGCAGGGCUGUGUUUGACUUGUGCUGGCUCUGCCCCUGAUCUGCCUCCUCGACAGUCUUAGCCAAUCCUAUGGGGAAGCACUGUGAUUGGCUCAUACCACCACUUCUGAUGAUGUCAGCACACACAGGCAGUACACUGGCCAACAGGGGCAGAUGUAGCAGCUGCAGACAUGAAUACAAUUAAGAUUUUACUGUAUUUAGGGAGGUACGGGUGAAUCAGAUGGUCGUUUUAACACUAUAGGGUCUGGAAUAUAUGUUUGUGUUCCUGUCCCUAUAGUGCUCCUUUAAUUGAAUAGCUGAAUUAUGAUAUGGUUUGGUAAGGCUGGCUCAUAACAGUACUUGUUAAAUUAGGGCAUAGCAUGAAUCGAUAAGGCUGGAACAAGAUACAAGAUUGGAGCUUGGGGCUUCUUGACAAAUUAGCGCUUGAUAUAAAUACACAAAACUGGAGACAUGUCUUGACAAUGCUGGAACAAAGCAAAAGUCAAUAUGGCUAUAGAACGACAGGCCUUACCCUGCUAGAUAUUUCAUAUGGUUCAAGUAUUCUGGAUUUUCCCCAGAACAAAUCUUUCAUGUGUUAUGAGAGAGCAGAUAGCCAAUAGAUUCGUUGUUCUGGAUUUAUUAAUUCACCACUAUGACUUUUGAGUUUUUUCCAUAAAUAAUAUGAACAGAAAGCAGGAGGAGAAAAUGUGUGAACAAAUACACUGCCUGGCCAAAAAAAAAGUUGCCACCUAGAUUUAACUAAGCAAUUAGUUAAUUAUCUUUCAGCUGGCAACAAGUUAUUUAACCCCAACUGAUGCAACAAGUAGCUUCUCAUUUCUUAAACAACCAUGUCGAAGACACAUCCCGUGGUCAUGGAAAAGAUGUUAGUCUGUUUGAGAAGGGUCAAAUCAUCGGCAUGCAUCAUGCAGAGAAAACAUCUAAGGAGAUUGCAUAAACUACUAAAAUUGGCUUAAGAACUGUCCAACGCAUUAUUAAAAACUGGAAGGAUAGUGGGUAACCACCAGUGAUGGGUGCAUCAGGGUAAGAAGAGCAGCAGAUGAAGUGAUGCACCCAUCAAAUGCAAAAAGAUAAGUCCUGCGCUCACUCCCAUCACUGGACGGCAGCAAAGACUACAGUACACAUCAGCCCAAAUAUAUAGUAAAAACCAAAGAAAGCUACCUGCACUCUCUCCUUAAUCCCUAUGUAUUUUUAAACAAAUGGAGGUUUUUUAGUUACCUCCUGUAGCGGAGAGGCAGUAUAAUCCACGAUAUCUCCGCUGGGUAACAGGAACAACAAAGGAUAAUCCAGGGAAUCAGCAUACAAUAAUCCAAACAGCACUGCAGUAACCCUUCCUUCCCAAGAACUAGACGACACAUAGGCUGGGAGUCAACUGAGGUCUUUUAAUUCAGCUCCACAAUUUAUACAAGUCCCCAUGCAAGGGGUUUCCUGAGUCCCCUCCCAGGGGCAUUCCCAGAGGGGACUACAUGGGGGACUUACAGUACAGGGCAUUUAUCCCAUCAGGCACUGCUGCACGAGAGGGAUCCUCCCCCAGGAAUAUACCAUUAAGUGGAUUAUCCCUCCGUGCAGCAGAACUCACAAUUCACCUUAAAUUCAAUAACUCUAUGAAUAUCUGGUUCACUUAAACGAAUGGACGUUCGGUAGAUAGCUGGGGUCUGAGCGCAUCAUUCGUGAGAUUACCGCUCAGAUCCCAGCUAAAACAACCGAACGCCGCACGAAAAACACAUUCACUAACACAUAGCCGUAAAAUACCGAUUACAUAUAGUGAAACCGAAUGUCCCGGACCUCCCGAACGGUCUGGAGGCUCAGCGGUGUUCGCGCCGUCGAGUAGCCGUUUUUAGUUCCACGCGCUCGACGACCAAACACCGCUGAGGGAACAAAGGAUCCAAGAUGGCCGCCCGCCGCAUGGUCGGUAGUCGAACGACGGCCACCCAGGAGAGCCUCUAAUUACCGAUUGCAAAGGUGCCGUUCGUGAAACGAAAGGAAUCAGCUAUCUGCGUUCGGCAGAUAGCCCAGGCAGGCAAUACAUUAUUAACAUUGCAUUACAUUACACGCUAUAACACACAAUAGGAACCCCAUACCGGCAACCCUUAAAGAGACAGUACAAAAUAAUGUCCAAGUGGCUAGGUUUGCCACACCUCCAAUGGCCAUGAGAGGAUAAGCCCACCUGCCAACGUCAAGGCAGACCCCCCCAGGUGGGUCCUAACUCUAACCAUUCACCUUGCUUCCUUGAGCUUGUUUAUUUACUUACAGUCCGUUACUUAUAGAACUGAGCUUAAAAAAUAUAAAAAAUAAUAAAAAUGGUGUAUUAAUGCCCAUAUUUGUAACUUCUGUACUUCAUGCUGUGUAAUGUUGCUGCAUAUUUCCUGUAUUCUGCCUGCACUACAAUAAAACAAAGAAUGACAACAUUUUAAUGGACACUAUAGUCACCAGAACAACUACAGCUUAAUGAGUGAGUCAGCCCCUGCAGGCUUUUUGUUGUGAACACUGCCUUUUCAGAGAAAGGGCAGUGUUUCAUUGCUACCUAGUAACACCGUCAGUGCCAGUCACUCAGCAGGCCACUAGAGAUGCUUCCUGGGUGAUUGCUGCACAAUGUGCAGCACUGACGUUCAGCAUCUCCACGCUUUGCAUGGAGAUACUGAACAUUCCCCAUAGAGAUUAAUUGAGUCAAUGUAUCUUUAUGAGGAGAUUGGCAAAGGCAGCAUUUGGCUUUGUCCCCUCUACCCCCACUCCGCCUCUUUGGCUGAGGUCAUCAGAAUUGAUGAUCUCAGCCAAUCCAAUACUCUCUAACAGGAAUACAUUGGAAUGGCUGAGAUAGUCAAUUCUGAUUAUCUCAAUUCUGAUGAUCUCAGCAAGCUGGGCUGAGCAAGUGCCAGCAAACCCGCACGGCACUGGAAUAAAGGUGAGUUUUACAACUUUUUAAGGAGGGUAUAGAAGGGGCCAGCAAGCUAAAUAACUCUAUAGGAUCAGGAAUGCACAUUCUAUAAUGUUGCUCUAAGGCCAAAAUAACCAAACUAGAAAAAUGCUGUGCUGUCAGUUUGGCUACUUUGGUCUAUAAAAUGUUGUAUAGUAGUAUUUUCUUGUAUAAAUGUGCAUUAUACUUGCCAACAAAAACAUUUUUCAGUCUCCAGGUUUCAAUAAUUGAGGUUCACAUUAGAUUUGAUGGCGCAUUAGAUUUUAGUAAAUAUGGUAAUUCAGCCACAGCAUAUGCUGCGAUUGGAUGUAUCAUUGACAGACAUAGAAUGUCAUGACAGUAUUAACCAUACACCCAGGGCAAUGUAUGUUCACAUUAUCAGACUGCAUGCAAAUUAUCUUAUCACACCAGGGAGGGGGCUGUACUAAGUGCAACUUUAAAAGGGAGUACAAGGGAGAAAGGAGACACUGAUCUUCAGAAAAGGUAGAAACAUUACAAAGAAACAUGAAAAGUUUAUUCACAGUAUUUUUCAUCCUCACAAGCUGCCAGAUUGGUAAGGAAAUGUAGAGUGUCUGAAAGAAAAACUGUUACUGUCUGUGCUGUGUAUCCAUGGGAUAGUGUAAUAACUUGUGUGCUGUGCAUCCAUGUCAUAGUGUAAUAAUGUGUGUGAGGGGAGGCUGGCACUGUCUGUGCUGUGUGUACAUACCAUAUAUCGUACGCUCAUUUGGGUAGGGUCCUCUUCACCUACUGCUCCAGUAUGUCAAUCAUGUUUUGUUAGAAUAUUGUGUUUGUCUGUGUUGUACUUGCCUUGUUUACCUAUUGUACAGUGCUAUGGAAUAUGUUGGCACUAUAUAAAUAAUUGUAAUUUACAUGCCGUAAUAACUGGCACUGUGUGCGCUGUGUAUACAUGCUAUAGUUUAAUAUAAUUCACAUACAAACACACAUUUGCACACACAAUGGGGUUAUUUAGUAAAUAGCUAAUUGUAGAGAAAGAAAAACCUAAUUGUAAAAUGUAUACAAAAAUAAUCUGAGUCGGAUAAAUUCUUCAGUUGGGCUAUAGUCACAGUUUAGCUAUUUUAACCUGUUGUACACAUUACAUGCAUGCAGGCACAAAUACAUAAAUUUAUUGCACAUUUGCAUUCAGUACACAUUCCACACGUACACUACAUACAUACCUACAUUCAGUCAGAGAAAGACAUGUAUACAGCAUUCAAGGAUCUUUCGUUACACAUGCGAAAAUACAUUUUCCCGCCCCCUUUGCAAAAGUGCAUCUUCACCUCCUUUUGAAUUCCUUAACCCCUUUUGUGUUUUUUGUCUCCUUUUUAAUGUCUUACCCCCUCUAGUGUAUCUUCUCCCCCUUUAAUGUAACUUGUCGCCCUUUUGUGUGUCUUACACCCCUGUUGGGUCUUGGGUGUCUUUUACUUCCCUACCAGCACCAUUGCGUGUGUCUCUCUCCCAGAACUUUGGUGUAUCUUCUCCCCCUUUAAUGUAUCUUGUCCUUCAUUUUGUGUGCCUUACACCACCACCUCCACCCCCACCAGUCUUUUACUUGCCCACCAGUCCUUUUGUUUGUGCCCACUUCCAGCCCAUUUGUGUGUCUCUCUCUCUCUCUCUCUCCCCAGUCCCUUUGUGUGUCUUUUUUGUCUUUUUCUGUUUCCCUCUCCCCACCCCUUUUUGUGUGUACCUGCUCCUUUGUAUGCCUCUUUCUUACCUCAGGCACUUUCUGUGUUUCUUUCACUCACAGCCUAUUUUCUGUCUCUUUCUACCCCACAGCACCUUUGUUUAUCCCCCUCGGAGCCCCUUUGUGUGCCUCUUUCCUCCCCAGCCAUACAGACAUUGAUAUACGGCCAAAAAGACAUACAUACAGAAAGACACAGGCACUCAGGCACAGUUAUUCAGGCACACAGUCCUAAUAAUAUACCGACUCACAGACCUAAAAGGCCACAAUCAAACACAGUCAUAGAAUCUACCCAUACAAGCACACUGUCAUACAGACACAGGCAUACAGUCAUAAGUAUACAGUAACAAAUACAUACUUUCUCACCCCUGAGCAUGCUGUCUGGCUCUGUGGAGUCCCAAUCUUCAGCCCAACCCUUUCACUAAGACGCUGCUGCACAGGCCGCGCUGUGGAGAUACAUUGUGUUUUUGUGUGUAGUGUUGACGUUUGGAUGCUGAGAUGUAUGUACAUGCACACAUACAUUACCACAAACAGAUACACAUGCACACACAUAUACACAGAUACAAACACUGACAAACAUAGAGAUACACACACUGACACACAGAUAAACAUACAGACACACACUUAUAAUACAAACAAACACACAGAUACACAUACUGACACACAUGCACAUAGUGAUACACAUGCAAACACAGACUGGUAAUACAUACAGAUACACACACUGGCAUACAUACAUAUACACAGACACAUGAAUGCAAACCCUGUCACACAUGCAGAUACACAGAAACACACACUGACAAACAUAGAGAUACACACACUGACACACAGAUAAAAUACAGACACACACUUAUAAUACAAACAAACACACAGUUACACAUACUGACACACAUGCACAUAGUGAUACACAUGCAAACACAGACUGGCAUACAUACAUAUACACAGACACAUAAAUGCAAACCCGGUUACAUAUGCAGAUACACAGAAACACACACUGACAAAUAUAGAGAUACACACACUGACACACAUAAAUAUACAGACACACACACUGAUAAUACAAACAGACACAAAGAUACACACACUGACACACAGAUAAACAUACAGACACUCACACUGAUAAUACAAACAAACACACAUAUACACAUACUAACACACAUGGCUGGGGCUGUUGGGAGUGAAAGGCUGGCAGUAGCUGUUUGCACCUUCCCACCAUCCUCUCUGCUCUCUCUUCCUCUUCCACCAGUGAUGCUCAAUCUGUUAUACAAUAGGAAGUGACAGGCUCUUACUUCCUCCUAUCGCUUCUGAGGGCCCCGUUUUUUCUGUGAAAGGACCUCUGCCCAUGAUUGGGCUCCUUAAGAAAACUGUCAAUUGGGUGGCCCUAAGGGCAUCGAUCACCCAAUGGGCCCCCUUCCAGGGGCGGAUCUGGAGUAUUUAGCACCAAGCACUGUUUGUGUGUUUGAAUGUAAGCAUAUUUUUGUAUGGAGUAUGUGUAUGUGAAUGUACAGGUGUGUUUGCACAUAUUGGCAGUUGAAUGCAGGCGUGCAUUUUCCUGUAGUGUGGUUUUUGAAUAUGGUGGCGAUUUUUUUGUAGUGUUGGCAUUUGGAUGCAGAGUUGUAUUUGUGUAGUGUAGGCAAAAUGCUGAGUUGUAUGCACAUAUACAUACAUACAUAUACUUACAUAUACACACACUGGCACACAUACACAGACACAUAGGUACACACAUGCAGUUAAAUAAAAACAGUCAUACACAGACAAACACUGGCACAUACAGAUAGACACACAGAUACAAACACACAUAUAGAUAAAAACACACACACACAUACAGACACAUUGAUACAAACACAAACAGAUACACAGACACACAAACAGAUACACAGACACACACUGACACAUACAGAUACACAUAUACCAACACACAUACAAAUACACAGACACACAUGUAUAAGUGUGUGUAUGUGUGUGUUUGUAUAGUGAAUGCAGUGUGUGUGCUUGUAUAGUGGAUAAUGGUGUGAGGGAAGGGGUGAUGGUGAGGAGGUGGGUGAUGGUUUGGGGAGGGAUGAAGUGAGAGGGAGCUCAGGGGGGUGAGGAUGAGAGUGAGGGGGUGAUUUUGAGAGGGAGGGGGUGUGCUUGUGAGAGGGGGUGUGCUUGUGAGUGGGGGUGAUUGUGAGGGGAGGGGGGUGAUUGUGAGCUGGAGGGGUGACGAGGAGGGGGUGGGUGAUGGUGUGGGGGGGGUGAGAGGAAGCUCAGGGAGGUGGGGUGAGGAUGAGAGGGAGGGGGUGAUUGUGAGAGGGAGGGAGGGUGAUUGUGAGAGGGGGGUGAUGAGGAGAGGAGGGGGGGUGAUGUGAUGAGGAGAGGGAGGGGGACAUGCAGGGGGGUCUGCAGCUCCGUAAUGUGCAGAGCUGCAGACCAUGGAUCUCGCGAGACCCAAUCAGAGCAUUGCCGUGGUAACUGCGGAGCUGCAGACCAGUCUAGGAGAUGGGCGCAGGAGAGGCAUUGCAGUCUGCCCCGGGCACCCCCCUAGUGAGUGGCACCCGGGGCGGACCGCCCCCCCCCCUUAGUACGCCACUGCCCCCUUCAGUGUGUGGGCCUACGGCAAUGCCAUCAGUAGUUCCACCGCUGACUGUCUUUCACUCUGGCAUGCUUGACACCAGGCUGACAUGCAUCUCAGUGGGUGGGCAUGCCCACUUCCCAGGCAGGCCCGCUCAUUAUGGGUGUCACCAGUAACACAAGUUGCAUCACUGGCUGAACCCACUUGACACCAUACCGAGCCAUCCUGGUUCCAUAUUUCCAAAUCUUGGGAGGUAUGCUGCAGUGAAUUAAAAAACAAAUGACCAAAUUCAAAUUUUACUAGCCGUGCUGUAACAGGAAUUUUUUUUUUUCGUUUUUUUUUUACCAAAUCAGUUAUUGUUUUCUAAAGUUUACCAUUCAGUUUUCAACUUGCGGCAUUUCUUUGUUUAGCGGAUGAACUUCAAUGUGCUCUCAGCUAAGCAGGAAAGAUUUCUCUAAGCUUCGAUCGGCUGUCUAAACUCUCCAAUCUAGCUACGAAACUACACUAAGUAACAGGAUGAACCUGCUUGCAUUCAAACCUUUCAACUUCCAAUGGGUUUUCUGAAAGUUUGAACAAGUAAAAGAUAUUAGCGCUACUUUUGGAAUCCCAUUUGUGAGAAUGUAUUCCCAGAACCAAUAAUAUUCAUGUAGAGACCUCUCUUCACACAAUGUAAUGUUUAUUAAAACGUGGCCAUUAUUUUACUCUUUCUCUUUUCAAUAGGUAACUCUCUGAUCUGUUAUAAAUGUGAUGAAUCAGGGCAUACAUGUGCAAAUCUAUCGGUUACAAACUGCUAUUCGGGGGAAGCUUGUGGACAAGUAACAUAUCAAAAUUGUAAGUUAAAUUGUCUCAUAGUCCUCCUCCCAUAGGGAGACAUUUUAUGGAUCCUGUUUAUAAACAGAACUGUGAUACGCUGACAAACUGGAAUUAUCAGACAUUCUAAUAGCUUGCAUGGUGACUGCUUCACUUCUAAACAUUUGCUCAAUAAUUGCUCUCCUUAGAGGGUUAUGUCAAUUAAAAAAAAAAGCAUGUUUUCUUAAAUCACUCUUUUUGGCUUUAGAAAAAAAAACAAGGAACUCAUUCACCUAAAUAAAGCAGUGCAGAUAAUAAACGUGCAUAAAACGAAAUGGUAACUUUUCACAGUAAAUACUUGUUGAUAUGAACCAAACGGAAUAUAUACACACAGUAUAUCUACAAAUAACGUACAAACACCCCAAAGUCCGGUUUGGCGCUGAAAAUCCAUGCCAUGCCAAGGCCACAUUCUCCCUCCAGCCCGAUCCUCAGCCAGUGAUAUCAUUACCCACUACAGGGAGAAUGCCAUCUUAAAGAAGUGGCUGAGGGACGGAAUUGGGAUGAAUGGAUGGGGCCAUGCCUCCAUUGGUGAUCUAUCACAAGGAAGCAAUGCAUGCUGAUAGCACUCACCCAGUAUGCACAACUCUAACAUUGACUACAAACUCUGGCCUCAAAUUGCUUAACUUUGUAUGUAUGGCUUUUCUUAUUGCAACACUGCACAUCCAGACUCUAAGCACAAUGACCACUUCAAAUCAGUGAUGUGUGUUUGAGGACUCUCGGCUCCAUCUCAGAGGCUUCUCAAUGAGCGUUGUAUUGGAUUGGUGUACUUUCAGUCUGAGUUAGAGAAAGAGGGAAGGUUUUGCAAAGGCUGCAGAUAGCAGGUCUGCAGCUUUUGCAAGAUUUUUUUCAUGUUUACAUGUUUUAUUUGUGGGUAUACCUACUAAAUUGUCUAAAUAAAUAAAAAUCAGUGGAGUGUUCCUUUAAUAAUUACUUGGAGAACUCUGUGAUUGGUUGCAGUCUGACAACAUACUGUCUCACAUUGAGGUGCCAGGAAGCAUUGCUUUAAUGAUGCAUGUGGGCCAAUGUUAUAUAGUUACAUAGUAAUCUUAAGUCAGUCUGGUCAUAGUGAGAAGCAUCCAUAAACAAGUUGUGGAACUACACUCAGCCCUUCGCCUUGGAAUCCUAGGGUGCUCUUGGAUCAGUCCCAGUACCAAGAGAUCAGAUAUAGCAUAUAUUAGUAGAAAAGUAUAUAUUAGUAGAAAAGUAAAGGCUUGAUUAAGGCCCGAAGGGGUCGAAACGUUGCAUUUUGGUUCUUGGGUCCAAUAAAAUUGCCUACUCUUUGGAACAUUUUGGAGUGCCUGGAUUACUUCUUUACUAAUAUAGUGAGAAGCAUGUCAUUAGCAUGACACUUGAAAGUCUAGAAAUAUAUUUAUUGGAGUCAACUGAAUAUCUGAAAAUGUCAGGCUGUAGGCCAGGCACAUCCAAAUAAGACAGUCACAUGCUAUAAGAUAAUUUAUUUGCUUUGAAUUUGUUUUUGUUUUUUUUCAGACGUUUUAAAAGAUUGUGUACCAACAAUUAUCUGCGGCGCCUCUAUAGAGGGAAUAAAAACGCAUUGCUGUUAUAGUGAUCUCUGUAACUCAGCUGUGUCUGCAAGGAUGUCCUUUAAAAUCCUUCUCACUAUCCUGGUGAUCUGGUGGAUAAUUAAAGAGUGAUCUACACAGAGAACAACCAGCUGUCCAUCCUGCAGAAGGCACCCUCUUCUUACACGAUCUGCCUUCCUUCUAUUAAAUUUCCUUCUACUUUCCAAGUUGACUAUCUUUGUCGUCUUCAAAAUAAUCCGAACAUAACGGUUUUAGCGGAAAACACACAAAAAAAAUGUAUUUAAUACAAAAAAAACAAAACAGUUAAUGGUUGAGAGGAUGUUAAAAUGUCUAAAUAAAAAUCAAUUUCUGUAGGUGUUUCUGUAUCAUCUAUUUUGACACGUCUAGAUAUACCGUUUCCCUCAAUGUUGCUUUAUGAUUUUCACCAAAUUUGUCUGGAUAUCUAUAAUGAUAUGUCUAAUAAUGUUCUGAUAUUAUGUUAAUUAUUUCUUACAUUAAUUAUAUUUUAUUGCAUGUUUUUUGUUGUUGUUGGUAUGAGUUGUGUGUACUGCGUAAAAAUUAUUUUUAAUAGCUUUAUUAUUG